AUGUCCUGGGUAGAUCAGCUGUGUCGGAGGGAUUAUCCGAACCGCAAGACAUACAGGUACGAAGCCCCAUGGACUGUGUAUGCCAUGAAUUGGAGUGUGCGGGCUGAUCAACCUUUCCGCCUGGCACUGGGAAGCUUUGUAGAGGAGUAUGGGAACAAGGUGCAACUCAUGAGUCUGGCCUCUGACUCGGUGGAUACCGCGGGGGAUUUCGUGUGCAGCUACACCUUGCAGCACCCCUACCCGGUCACCAAGAUCAUGUGGAUGCCUGACCCUCAGGGCAUCCACCCAGACCUGCUGGCUACCAGCGGUGACUACCUACGGGUUUGGCGCUUCGGGGCUGCUACCCUUGAUUUAGAGCCCCGACUUGAGUGCCUACUCAACCAUAACAAGAAUCCUCGUUUCUGCUUUCCCCUCACCUCUUUUGACUGGAAUAACGUAGACCCUUACAUACUGGGUACCUCGAGCAGCGAUACCACGUGUACCAUCUGGGCUCUGGAGACCCGCCAGGUACUGGGCCGAGUGUCGGGUCAUGGGCAGGCACACUUUAGUUACAGCAACAAACAGGUCUAUGACAUUGCCUUUGGAGGGGGCCGAGAUGUAUUUGCCUCAGUGGGUGCUGAUGGCUCUCUGCGGCGGUUUGACCUACGCAGGCUUGACAGUAGCUCCAUAGUGUAUCAGCACCCCCAGCGCCUCCCACUGCUGCGCCUCGCCUGGAACAAGCAGGACCUCAACUACUUGGCCACCCUGGCCAUGGACUCCAAGGAGGUGGUCGUUGUCGACUUGCGCAGGCCUGGCUCACCUAUGGCCCUCCUUAAAGGCCAUGGGGCCUGUGUCAAUGGGCUCGCCUGGGCACCCCACUUCGCAAGCCACAUCUGUACCGUUUCCGAUGACUGCCAGGCCCUCAUCUGGGAUAUUCAGCAAACACCCAAUGCAGCUGUCAAAUACCCUACCCUGGCCUACAAAGCCAAAGGGGAGAUCAACAACGUGCAGUGGGCUGCCAGCCAGACCGACUGGAUUGCCAUCUGCUAUAAAAACUUCCUGGAACUUCUCCGAGUCUAA